AUGAAUAUGGUAGAUUAUGGUAGCUAUUUUACAACGGCUCCUGUAACAACUGGUUAUGAUCGAAAUACUUUUGAUGCAUUUAGUUUAAAUCCAAAUUUAAAUUUUACAACAGCAACAAAUACGAAUGGAUCAUCAAUGGCUACAGCAUACAGUAGUACCAUUCAGCAACAACAACAGCAGCAACUUUAUGAACAGUAUGCAAGUUCAUAUGGACAAUUGACCGGAAGUACGAGACAUCUGACCGUUGGGCAUCAUCAGUCCAUGUUACAAACUUCGGUACAAACCAGUUCUACCACAAAGACAAUUACUAAUACAAGCGCUGCACAACCCUAUCGUACAACCGAUUCUUUACAAGCUUUUUUACAAACAGGACUUCAGUAUAAAUUGUAUCAAAAUCAAACAUCUCUCCUCUCAACAGCUGAUGCAAUGCGAGCUAAUACAGCGGGCUUGAUGGCUGGCAUACAAGGAUCCUCACUUGUUGGUGCAAUUUGUGGUAGGAAUAAUCCAAUGGAAAGAAGGAAACAGCGUAGGAUUCGAACAACAUUCACAUCUACACAGCUAAAAGAACUGGAACGAGCAUUCAUGGAAACCCAUUAUCCGGAUAUUUACACUCGGGAAGAUCUAGCAAUGAGAAUCGACCUCACAGAGGCUCGAGUACAGGUCUGGUUCCAGAAUCGACGGGCCAAAUUUCGAAAACAAGAGAAAAUGCGACGUAUGAAGGAAGAGAUCCGCGCUCAAAAGAACACACAACCUGGUAGUAAUAGUCUCGAACAAAAUAGCGAUGAUAAUGAAGAACCAAACUGUGAGCAUGAAAUUCCAUCUAGUAACAUCUUACUUGCUGGAAUUUUACAAUAA